GGGACAAUUUGUAUAUUAGCCUUUUAUUAUAUAGGAUGAUUUAACAGUAUCCACUGAUUUGAUUGGACAGAGAUUUUGUGUGUUUUUUUCAGUCUCACUUAUUCACUGGCUCUAAAUUGUGUUCAAGAUAAUUGGGAUUAUUAGAUAGAAAAUUUCUGUAAAAUCAAGUCAGUUUGUAUUUUAGAUUUUUUAAAGGGCCUUCUAGUCUAUUACUUCAUUGUCUUUUAGGGGCAGGCUAAAAUUAGUUUUUGUUCUUCUUAGUCAUCUGUACUCAUUUUCUAUUCAAAAUUGUGUGGGCUUAAUUUAUCCUUACUGUGUGACUUAGUCUGUUUCAAAUCUUAACUUUUUUGUCCGAUUACAGGGAGCAGAUUUCCCAAAUAAUUGAAGCUGCCUCAUUGUUGACUUAUAUGAUACUUGUUUUAUCUUUAAGUCUUCAUUUUCUUUUAUUGUUCCAUUUAGGCCAUACAAAAUUAUCAACUUAAAAAUUAGCCUGCUCUAUUUGGUCAAACGUUUAAUUAAUUCACCCCUAAUGCCUUGGCAGGGCCGGACCCAAUGAUUUUCUGGGCCUUGUAUGGCCUGCAGGCUGGACAGUCCCCACCCCUGAAUUACAGAGUUAUUUGGAAGAGAGUUUUAAUUUAUGGAUACUGGGUUUGGGCUGUGCGUGUUUUUUUUAAUUUGCUUCUAGCUAUCUGCUGCUAACUUCUCAUUUUUUAUAUCAUGGUCAGAGUAUGUUUCCAUUAUGUUGGUUUGAGUUUUUCCUAAGCCUUAAAAGUUGGUUAGCGUAAAUGUCUGUCUAUAUCUCAACUUUGAAGUCAAGAAACUCAUAGUGAAUUAUUUCAGCACUUGAAAUAAGGGUCAUUUUUAUUGUUGUAGUUUAAAUACUAUAUACCCUGGAGUUUAAUGCCACAUCAUCAUUUAAGCACUGUGGAUAAGAGAAAUAAAUCUAAUGCUUUGAAUUGUCAGGGCUUUUUGUCAUCUUUGUGGAAGGAUAGAAUGAUGUAACUUUCAAAAUAGGCUGAUUUCCCAGUUUGUUUUAAAAGUGUUUGAGUUCCUUAAAUGCGGUUUCUCUGCUUGUAGAACUUCAUACCUCUCAGCCCCGGUGUUCUCCCUCUGCGCGUUUCCUAGGAUUUCCUUGGGAGUUGGAGGGGCUAGCAGCUGUGGCUCCUCCAUGGCCCUCCUUACGCUCUUCACCUUACGCAGUUUAAUCAUAUUUCAGAGAGCAUCUUCCAGAUACUUCCCACUUUCACCCCCAGAAGGGGGGGGCGGGGGGGAAUUAGCUCUUCUUUCCUGAGCUGAUUAUGAAUGGUAUGAAUAAAAAGGAAUAGCAAAAUUAUCAGAAUUAACUCACAUUCUUGAAAAUGGAGAGUGGUGGCAAUUCUAGUGAUUCCUGUAAGAAAAUUAACCAAAUGCUUUUUUUUUUUCUGAAGAGGAAAAGAUGUUUUAAAUUAUUGCCCUUUUAUUUCCUAUUGAGUUCCCUAUUUUUCAGUGUUCUUCUAGGUCUUUCAAUUGCAUUGAAGAGAGAUCCUCUGAUUGGUUCUAAUGUCUUUUACCCCCACCCUCUGUUUAAUAAAAACAUCUGCAGGGAACAUUCUUAUUCAAAAUUGAGGUUUGAGUAAGAUUAGAUUCAGAGUAUAGGUAAUAUAUGUUUAAAGUACGGUGUUGAAAACACAUCAGGAAUCCAGCAUAUAAGAAAAAUGUCACAAAAUUGAUUUUGUGAUUUUAGUUGAAGUAGGAAAUUUGAAGGCUGGCCUUGGUGGCGGGGAAGCAGGAGCCAGGUUGGCAGCUGUGGCUUAGCUUGGAGACCCUCCAGUGGUGUGAUAGCACCUGAGUGCAGACAAGGCAGGUGGAGAACGCACGCGGAAACUCCUGAGUGACAGCCAGAAGCCAGGAUGCCAGUUUGGCAAGCAGCGGGCUAUCAGGUGCUGAGUCUUGGGCCUGAUCAUUCCUCAGAAUAACAGAUGGGUCGUAAAUGUUUAUUUCCUACUUUGAUAGCAAAUGAGUACUUAAGUUUCAUGUGCAUUUUAAUUGGGUACUUAUUUGAUGAUGAACACUUCAAAUAGGCAGGACAGUUCAGCAUGGAUUUACAUUUGGCCAAAGUUCUGAAAUAAUUUUCUUCUCACUGUGUAUAGCCUCUUACUCAGCUUUUCGUAUUAUCUCUUUAAAAGAUAAUAAGAGCCCUGACUGGUGUGCUCAGUAGUUAGAGCAUCGACCUGCUUACCUGAAGGAUCAUGUGUUUGAUUCCUGGUCAAGGGCACAUACCUCAGUUGGGGGUUCGACCAAUAGAUGUCUUUCUCAUAUCAAUGUCUCUCUCUCUCCUUUUUUUCUUUCCCACUCUCCCUUAUACUCUCUAAAAAAAUCAAUGUGGGGAAAAGAAUACAUUAUGCUUGGGUAAGGCUUAACAGGAUAAAAAGAUAAUCAGAAUUAUAUUAUAAAAUAAAAUAACCAAAUACUUCUUUUAGAAAUAAUGGAUCUGAAGACUGACUAAUUUGUUUAAUUGCCAAAUCUUUGCUUCCCACUAAAGUAACUUUUUGCUUACCAAACCCACUGGGUUAAGAACCUUUCCCAAGAGUGAGAAAGGUAAGCUGAUUCUAUCCUCCCUGUACCUGCUUCUGCCCGUGCACAUGGUCACCCACAUAUCAACACACACAAGUGAGGUGGAGGUCAGGUCAGGCAUAAGGAAGGAAAUCCAGGGACCAGAAGUAUGCUGAGAUUCUUAUAUUUAAGUCUCUUUAUCUAACCAUUAAAUGGUCAUUUGGUUCAAGAAGCUAUUCUUACAAUAUCAAUCACCCCUUCCUUCAUACAGUAAACCCUCGAUUUUCAGACCUCAGUUUAACAGACUUCUGAUUUAACUGACAAAAUUUCCAGUCCAUAUGUCAUAUGUGAAAAUUAACACCCUGUUAAUUUUAAAAAGCUUUUAACCAAGAUUUGCUUAUAAUUAAAUUGACAGGGUGUUUUUUGUUAUGAAUUCAGUUAUUUUUAACAGAUUUUAGCAAAUAGGCCAUAUGUUGGAGAAAAAACUAGUAAUUUCACCGACAUAAAUAAAAUUACAUAUCUACAACUAUAGUCUACAUAUUUAUAUUCCAGAGUCACAGCUCCUAAGCAGUGUUUGGGAAAUGAUUAGCACGUGAUCACGCGAGGCGAGGCGAGUAGUAAUUGGUUCUGUUGUCACAUGGCAUGGGGUGACUUUCUGCGGCAGUUUUACCGCUGGUGGAAGUGGUUCUGACCUGCCCUGAGCCACGCCCCAACUGUGCGCAUUUGUUUACUCGAGGGGACUGGUCAAUGCACCCAUUUACUGACCUAUUCAGUGUAAAUGUAAAAUGACAGUAAUACAUAUAGAAAGCUUUUCUGUGAAAUUAAACUUUUCAUACAUACUUAAUUUUAAUCGCACAAACAUGUCUAUAUAAGUAAUAACAGGUAAACUAAUCUGUCAUUUUUUAACAUACGCAUUUGGAAAAUCUACUUUAUUAUAUAACGGACUUUAGCUUUAAUGGACACACCCUCGCUCGAAUUAGUCCGUUAUAUCGAGGAACCAUACUUUAAUGCUUAAUAAUUGCUUUAAGCUUACACGUAUCCCAAUACCCGCACUGAUCUUUCAUUUGGAGUUUUGACUUUUGGUGGGAGAGAGAUUGGAAGGAGCAACAGGAUGAGAGUAUUUAGACUGCCAACUGGCAGCAGUGAGCCUCUAGGGGUCUUAAGAGCUGGGGAGGAAGAUUGCAGAUGGGUUGGAAAAGGAGGCAGAAGCGACACCAGCUCACCUCCUGCUCUCUGAGGACUGGCAGGUCCUGCCAGGGGCCUUUCUCACCGUUCACUCUUCACUCCCAGGGAGUCCUGGCCCGUGGGUCUCCUAGAGGCUGGGAACGACUGGCAAGGCUGAGGGGGUAGACAGAGGAGCCCUUCCCUGCUCCUUUUGGUUUUCACCAAGUUAUUAUCCCUUUCGUUAUUCUCAUUUGUUCAUUUAGUCAUUCAUAGAUAUGCAUCACUUUUUCCUCUCCUGCCCCACUGAAUCCGUUCUCCUGGUUUAAAGUUCUAACGGGGAAAAAAGAGAAAAUGAAAAACUUAUCCUUCCCUAUCACCCUCCAAACUAUCUUUCUAUAUCUUAUUCCUUUCCUGUCAUACUUAUUAAAAGAACACUUAUACUACCAUCUUUUUCAGCACACUCUUACCAGGUUUUUUUUUUUUUUUCUUAAUCAGGAGUUUUUAACCUGGAUUCUGUGGUUCCCCUUUGCUAUGGAUAUGAGUUUGGGCAUUCUGUGAUGCUGGGAAUACGGGGUGCUUUGCAUUCAGGAAUACAGAAAAAGCAGCAAAGUGGAGUCAGGUACACGGAACAGCUUCAUGGGCUUGAAGGAUCAUCUGGGGCACGACCUAGGCCACCUUUGUGUGGAGAGCACUGACCCACAUUUAAGCACAUCUGUACCUUGGCCAAUGGUAGAAAAACCAACAAUGGAUAAAGUUAAUUCCGGGAAGGCAGAAAAGGAGGUGUCUGAAGAGAACGCGAGCUCCGGUGACUCUGAAGAAAGCACAAAUUCUGAUCAUGAGUCGGAACAAUUGAGUAGCAUUUCGGUAGAGCCAUGCUUACUAACCAAGACUCACAGACAACUCUGUAGGUCUCCCUGUUUAGAGCCUCAUGUCCUCAAAGGCAGUGAAAUCUUACAAGACUUUCCACCCGAAGAGCCCCAGACCACACCCAAGGAAGUGAAGAAACCCCCUGACGUGGUGCGAGAAUACCAAACAAAACUGGAGUUUGCACUUAAGUUAGGUUAUUCUGAAGAACAAGUUCAGCUUGUGCUGAACAAACUUGGUACCGACGCUUUAAUCAAUGAUAUUUUGGGAGAACUUGUCAAACUUGGAAAUAAAAGUGAGGCUGAACAAACAGUUAGUACAGUGAACAGUAUAAUGCGGGAAACGUCGUCCCUGGAAUCUCAGCGGUCUGAUUCUCCGAUGCAAGAGAUUGUCACCGAUGAUGGAGAAAACCUGAGACCGAUCGUUAUUGAUGGCAGCAACGUGGCAAUGAGCCACGGAAACAAAGAAGUGUUUUCCUGCCGAGGAAUAAAGUUGGCAGUGGACUGGUUUUUGGAAAGAGGCCACCGAGACAUCACUGUUUUUGUUCCUGCCUGGAGGAAAGAGCAGUCCCGGCCUGACGCUCUCAUUACAGAUCAAGAAAUUCUUCGUAAAUUAGAGAAGGAGAAAAUCCUGGUGUUUACACCGUCCCGGCGAGUCCAGGGCAGGCGGGUGGUGUGCUACGAUGACAGGUUCAUCGUGAAGCUGGCUUUCGAGUCCGACGGUAUAAUUGUGUCCAAUGAUAACUACAGGGAUUUGGCUAAUGAAAAACCAGAGUGGAAGAAGUUCAUAGAUGAGCGAUUAUUAAUGUAUUCAUUUGUCAAUGACAAGUUCAUGCCCCCUGAUGACCCUCUUGGCAGGCACGGUCCGAGCCUGGACAAUUUUCUGAGGAAGAAACCUAUUGUUCCCGAACACAAGAAGCAGCCUUGCCCAUAUGGAAAGAAGUGCACCUAUGGGCACAAGUGCAAAUAUUAUCACCCGGAAAGGGGCAGUCAGCCCCAGCGGUCGGUGGCCGAUGAACUUCGUGCCAUGUCAAGAAACACGGCUGCCAAGACUGCAAACGAAGGAGGACUGGUGAAAAGCAACAGCGUCCCCUGCAGCACCAAGGCUGACAGCUCUGCCGACGGCAAGCGAGGCGCCCCAAAGAGGCAGUCGGACCCCAGCAUCAGGACUCAGGCCUACCCAGACCUAGAGGAAAAGCUUCCCACCAAAAAUAAAUUGGAAACCAGGUCUGUACCCUCCUUAGUGAGUAUACCGGCUACUUCUACUGCAAAACCCCAAAGCACUACAUCUUUAAGCAAUGGCCUUCCAUCUGGAGUUCAUUUCCCACCUCAGGAUCAAAGACCACAGGGACAAUAUCCUCCAAUAAUGAUGACAACCAAAAAUCAUGGAACGCCAAUGCCUUACGAACAGUACCCCAAAUGUGACUCCCCUGUUGACAUUGGGUAUUAUUCCAUGUUGAAUGCAUAUUCAAAUCUGAGUAUCUCAGGCCCACGAAGUCCUGAAAGGCGUUUUUCCUUGGACACAGAUUAUAGGAUCAGCUCUGUAGCCUCUGACUGCAGCAGUGACGGGAGCAUGAGCUGUGGGAGCAGUGACUCGUACGUGGGCUACAACGACCGGUCCUACGUCAGUUCUCCCGACCCACAACUCGAAGAGAAUUUAAAGUGUCAGCAUAUGUACCCUCACAGCCGCCUUAAUUCCCAGCCCUUCCUGCAGAGUUUCCACGACCCCUUAACCAGAGUGCAAAGUUACAGUCACGAAGAACCAAAGUACCAUCACAAGCCGCCUCUUCCCCACCUGGCUGUGCACCUGCAGCACCCAGCGGUGGCAGCCCGGUCCAGCUGUCCUGGCGAGUACCCCUCUCCGCCGAGUUCAGCACACAAGGCACCACACCUGGGGCGGUCCUUAGUGGCCACGAGACUAGACAGCAUUUCUGACUCUCGGCUGUAUGACAGCUCUCCUUCAAGACAGAGAAAGCCUUACUCCCGCCAGGAGGGGCUGGGGAGCUGGGACAGGCAGGGGUACGGGAUUGACGCCUACGGCUACCGGCAGACCUACUCCUUGCCUGACAGCUCCACGCAGCCGUGCUAUGAGCAGUUCACCUUCCAGAGCCUCCCUGAGCAGCAGGAGCCCCCCUGGCGGAUUCCGUACUGCGGGCUGCCACAGGAUCCCCCGAGGUAUCCGGACAACCGAGAGAAGAUCUACAUCAACUUGUGCAACAUCUUCCCACCUGACCUUGUGAGAAUUGUCAUGAAAAGGAACCCUCACGUGACAGACGCCCAGCAGCUAGCCGCAGCCAUUUUAGUGGAGAAAUCGCAGCUGGGCUAUUGAAAGAUGAUGCAUCUUUGUGGUGUUUAGUAGUUUUUUGUUCAGCUCAAAUGCUGAGGGAGGUUUGCUACAAUAGCACAUGUGAUCUCCUUCUCAGCAAGGAGGUUAUAUAGUAUCCAUUUAUGUGAAAUACUGUAUCAUGGAACCUGUAUGUAUAGCCCCACAUAGUGGAAGUAUCACGGGAUUGCUUCACAUUCAAACGUUUUUUUAACAUUUCCUUUUUAAAGCUAUAUCCUUGGCUGGAAAUUUUUCCAGUUUGAUUUAUUAGAUGUGAUCUUUGAUAUUAAUCUUUGGUGCAUCAGGGGUUUAUAUGCAGCACUUUUUAUCCUUAUUUCAUGUUUUAUUAACUUGGUGUUUCUCUAUCAAUUGCAAGCAAUUACAAUACCUUCAGAAUGUUGAACAUUUGACUAGACCUAGCAAACUAUUUUUUCAAGCCAAGCUUAAUUGAAUCUUUUACAGCUUUUUAAGUUAUUUUUAUUUGGGGAAAGUGGGCUUCUUUGUGCUAUAAUCAUUAUUUAUAGAAACAAAGAUAUACUACAGCACUGACUAUAUUUUAAACAAAUGUAAGUUACCAGUUUAUGUUGAAAUGGGUAACAGUAUAUACUAGAAUGAUUUAUAAUAUGGCACUUUUUAUUGUUUUAUUUUUGUUCAGAUUUUUUUUUUGUCUGUUACGUAAUUAGUUAAUUUAAUAUGGCAGAUUUGAAGGAAAGCAGAUGCAAUCAAUGGGAAAAAAAUGUUUCCAUUUUUAUUUUAUGAAUAAGGCAAAAGCCGUAACUUACAGUUUCGAGCUUUGCAAUCCAGCUAUGAUGUGCUUCUAGAUAGUAGAAAUGGAAUUGAAUUCCUAGAUUUCCAUUGACCUGUAUUUUUAAUGUGUUUGUCUUUUUGUUUGGGGGCACAACAAAACUGGAUAAAGUAACCCUUUCGCAGUACUUGCCUGUUUUUAAUGAAUCUAAUUAUUCUCAAUGCAACUUUUAUAUUUAAUAUACUCUCUAGCUUUCCUGCUGUUUAUCAAGGCUGGCCUGAGGUGGUUUUAUGUGUUGAGAAUAUGCAACACUUAUUGAUACUGCACUAUGGAAAUGGCGAUGGAGGAGUUGUAAAUGGUAACUUAACAUUUUUGUAAGAUACUGUAUAUUUUCCAUUUUCCUGAAGGUUGUUUUAUGGGGGGGGGGGGGCCUAUUAUAUUAUUAAGGCCAGAUUCUUGCCACAAAUAGUGUAGUUUUAGAUACAGACUAAAGUCUGUUUUAGUAUUAGUAAGGGAUAUUUCUGGUUUCAAAGUCAUGGGUUUUGCUAGAUGCUAAUUCAUUUUCAUCAGUUAGAAGGUAGAUACUGCGAUCAGUGGCAGACAGUUGUGUGAUUGGUAUGACUUGCCUGUUGCCUCCAGUUUUUGAAUUUUACGUAGUGAAUGACUCGUUCCGAUCUGUUUCCUCAGUCUGCCAAGAUGCCCUGGGUAUUCUGAUUACUCCACAUGCUACAGUUCGAAGGAAAACCCUGAAAAACCAGAAAGUACCUUUUACUGUUGAUACAAAUUGUAUCUUUUUAACUAUAAGAACUUUUUGAUUUGUAGAUCUAGUUAAAACACAAAAGUGUAACAUGAUUAGACUUUUGGGCAACAUUUUAUCCCUUAUUUAAAUACAAAUUUUUUUAAGUAAAAUUGAGAUCUAGAAUAGGGUAGAAAAUUAAAGUAACAAUUUAGGUAAAUAAAAGUGUCUGUCCUAGUUUUAUAUAAUAUAUUAAAGUAUAUUAAAUAAAUUUAUUGGCAUUUUCUUUCUCCUAAAAACAUCUAGCGUGAACUUAAAAUAAAGAUAAAAUGCUGCCUGAAAAUAAUGUCCAAGCACCUUUGACUAGGAUAACAUUUUCACUACUUGUGUGACACUGUGUGUUGCAUGAAGUAGGGUUUGGGUAUACAGUAAAUGCUUCUAAAAGGCAUUGUGCAUAUUGACAUAUCCAAUAAUCUGAACCGUGUUCAGCAAACUUAACCCAGGAAAGUGGUGUUCUACACAGUUGCUGCUGUUGUUGUUUGAAGCAAGUGUGGCUCUCGUCUGUAACUAGAAAGAAUGCGAAGGAAGCCACACACCAUUCCGGGCGGUGUCUGCCAGGGCGCCCCCUCGCCUGUGAACCUGUUCUCCUUGUUUCGUGGUCACGCUCUGUAGGACAAGCUUAGAUGCAGAGGCGAAACCAGUGCCAAAAUAGGGUUACAAAUGCAUGGUACCUUUUAUCUCAGUCAUAUUCCAAGUCUUUUUCUUAUUUUUUAGUGUGAAAUCACUUUUAAAAUGUACAUGUAGUUUUUGCUUCCAUUUUCUUAACUUUAAUAUCUCAAUUGUUUGGAGAUGCUGGCAAACAUUACUCAAUUUAUUUAAGUGAGAUUUUAGGUGAAAUGUAUAUCACACCUUUAAUUGUACCUUCUAAAUGUUUUUAGCUAACUAUCUGUCAUUGCUUCAUGGAUUUUAGACUAUGGGGAAUGGGGGGCUUGCCGCGCCUGUCCUGAGUGGAGAGCUCUGAGCUGCCCACACUGAAGCCCUUCAGUGUAAGUGUAAGUGAAGAUACAGCCAUUUUCUUAUGACGAGAGGACAAUUUGCCGCCCCUCUCCUUCCCCUUUUAUUGAAGCACCAGUGUUGCUUUCAGAGCUUAAGAAUCAGGUAUUUGGCAGACUUUAGAUACAUCCAAUUCUUAAUUAUCUAAAGCAAUAUGUAAAAGGAUCCACCGUUAAAAUAAACCCAUAGCUGAAUCCAAACCUUUAAUUUAGCCAAAACUUUUACCUUAAUCCUAUCUUUUACCAGACUCGCUAAUAAAUAAGAGAGGUGGUUAGUAAGUAGUGAAGCUGCCAGGAGAAAGGAUUCCGGUUGGAAUUUUCUGAAAGUUGACUGUACUUUACACAGCAAUUAGCCAGUUCAUUGUUUCUGUGUCUUAGUACAAAGGGAAUAGUCCCCAACUGGCCAAGAACUGGCCCUUCGUAUUUCCUCCUUUCUCGCAUGUGAUAGGUAAGUUUUCAGGCUCCUUUUAUGGCCUCUGUAUCCCUAUAGAGUUUGUCAUUGACCUAAACAUUGGAAAGAAAUGCAAACCAGUAUAAAAUAUUUGAUGCUGGUAGAAACUAGAACUUUGUGUUUUCAUGAGAAUUCAUUUAUAAGCAUAUGUAAUAUAACUAAAAAGAAUGUUUAUGUAUAUACAUACUUGUUAUGAAGUAUUAACAAUGAGAGGGUGUUAGAAUUUUGAUGGCUGACUUUUCCUUGGUUGAACUGUGUUUCCUUGAUCUGUGCAUGCCCAAGUCUGGAGUCCAGGUGACCAAUGAUGAGAUUUGGAAACACUUGAAUGGAAAGUGACUUUUCACUGGCUUUAUUUCUGGUAUUUUUAAAGACUUAUUUUGAUAAUUUUAAUAGAGUGUGUAACUUUAAAACACACGAAAGAAAAACUUUAAAGUAGUAUUGAUUAUACAGAUAAUUAUUUAACAUACCUUUUAUGGAUGUAUCUAUAUGUAUAUAGACAGUAAUAUAUUUAUAAAACAAAUAUACUUUAUGUUUAGCUGUCAGUUUGUGGUAGGUGGGAGGGUGGCUGUGUGUGUGUGUGUGUGUGUGUGUGUGUGUGUGUGUGUGUGUGUGUGUAAAACUAUCGAGCUGUGUUUCCUGGUUGAAGGGCAUUUGCCCUAAGGUAUAUUUGAUUUGGGUUAUUCUUUUUGCUAUCCAACUUCCUUCUUCAUGAUGAAAUAAGAUGCACAGUUUUCUGGCCAUUCUGUUAGUGGAUGGCCCACCCAUUUUAUUAUCAUCCAACUCCCAAAGCAUUCCAGAGUGACCAGAAGUCAAACAGGUCAUAGCCAUAGGGAGUGCUUAUGUUCGAAAUACAUUAAAUAUGGGAGCCCGGCUAGGAUGUUGGCUUCCUAGGUAUAUACCAACAAAUACAACUCAGUAUAAAAUACAUGAACUUCAUACAUGUAUUAGAAUAGAGAACGGGUGUGGAAGUAGAGGAACAUUCAUUAAUUUAGAUUAGUCUGGGAAACCCCCUAGACAAAGAUUGACAAAUUUUUUCUAUAAAGGAUUGGCUAGUAAAUAAUUCAGGCUUUGAGAAUGAAUGAUAUGGUCUCUGUAAACUACUUACCUUUGCCCCUACAGCAUGAAAUUAGCCACAGACAAUAUAUAAGUGAGUCAGUGUGGCUGUGUGCAAAGAAAACUUAAUUUACAGGAACACGCAGUCAUUCAGAUUUGGCCUGUGGGCCACAGUUUGCUGAUCCCUGCCCUACCGGGAGAAAACAGACAUGUUAAGCAUUAAAUUCUGAUAUAUGUUAAGAAAUAAUUGUAUUUCAGUUGACAUAGAAAGAAAAUCAUUUAUUAAUGGCCUUCAAAAGAAGAAUGUGACACAAUCAUAUUAAAGCAUCUUAAUUCAUUUAUGGGUCCUACCAGCUCGUACCUAUUAUUUAUUAGUGAGAUUUCUUAUGUUUAACCACCAAAAAUAAAGCAUUCUGUAAAAAGGUAUUUUAGUAAGUAUUGAAAUUUUUUCAUGAACUUUAUAUUUCUAUUGAUAAAUGGGACUCCCUCACCUACCUUUUGUUUCUUAAGGGCCUCAUGGACCAAAAAUUCUGUUGUAUUUUGAAAAUUAGCAUAUAAUUAACCACAAAAUAUUUUAAAGACUGCAUCUAUCAGUUACAUUUUUCUGCUGGUUUUUGACUUCUAAAAAAUGGAUAGAUAGGCCCUUCUUUAAAAAUUGUUUUAAAGAAGAUAAAUAUAUUGUAAUUUCAGAUACUAUAUUCUGUGAGGUUACAAAUUGUGACUAGUAUAAUGGUAGCUAAAAAGUGAAUGCAUUGACUGUAUUGGUGUCUCUAUAGGAAACAGAGUGUAUCGCUGCUUUCGCUGUCCAAACCUUCGGUGUAGAUUUUUUAAAGAUGCCUUGGGACAGCCCUUGGUGAAUGGUAUUCUUAACAUGAUCAUGUGUAAUUUUAAAUUCAAUGGACGCACACCCUGCAGAGCAUGUGCAUUCAGUGUUCUAUAAAUUGUUACGUCAGUAACAUCAUUGCCAUCAGUCUUGAACGUUGCAAUCCACUUAAGUAGUCAUACUUUCUUAUAAAAUUGGAAUACAACUCAAGCUUUUACAGUAACUGGUUACUUAACAUUUUUACUUGAAUGCGUCUAUUAACCUGCUUUUUACUUCCAUUACAGUAAUACUGUUGUAUGUUAGGAGUGGCUUUUCCCCAAAGUCCUUAGUCUUUCAGAUUUAAAAACAACAUAAAGUUUUGACCAUUAGCAGUUAAGAAAGUGUCUGCGCAUAUUUUAAUUGUUUAUAACAUUUGUAACGUUUCACUUUCUAAACCAUGGACCCAGUUUGCCGAUUUUCCGUCCGGACAUCUCAGAUGAAUAACAAAUGGUUGUACAUGAAAGCUUUUGAACCCAUUCUUAAUGCCGCUUGUGUCUCAAGAGAAAAGGACAUUGGAGCAAUGGUUUGUUUUUGUAAAGAAUAUGUUUUAGAUUUCCUUAAAAUUAUAAAUUUCCUAGCUGAGACGGAACACCCACAAACAUGCAGGCUUCUGCAGGUGUGCACACAGCGUUGCAGGCGAGCCAGGUGACUGAUGUGGUCUUUCCUUUUCCAAAGCCUAGUUGUAUGCGGACAGCAGUUUCCGAUCGGAUCCUUCAAACCUUUCUUAUAGGAAAAUAAGGCAGAGAACAUCCUUAGAACAACCAUUUGAUCAACUGAUGUGAUUUCUGUUUAUCCUGUGUCUGUUCUGCGUGUUUCUGUAAUGGAAUUUUUACAACUCCAAAAAGCAGUAUUUUAGACCUACUGGAAAUCGUAUCAAAACGGCUAUGUGAUUCUGCCUCUGAGAAAAAAUAAUUAAAAAAUUCAUUUUUCUUA